UGUGUUGGGGACUAGGUGGUAGGAGACGUGUGGUAUUAGAUAGUAUUGUGGAGAUACUACGUCCCUCAUUGUGAAUCACAAAACAGCUAAUCUAUAGUACCUGUUAUCUGAGGGGAUUAAUUACCUGACAGGAAGGGUGUAUGUACCUAGCUGGACCCUGAUGUUUACAGAACAACCUCAUUACAGGUCAGCUGGUUUGUCUCAGACUGGUGGCCACCAAACUUUUUAUCAAGAAACAGGAACAUUCCAGUCAUACAUGGUGUUGUAUUUCGUCUCCAAGAAAACGAAAGAAGCACACUGUUGACUAAUAUAUCUCAAGCUGAGAUCACCACAAGGGGACCAGAAUUCAUCCGACAUUCAAUAACAUGUAAUACCUGUGAAUCACUGCAGAUUGCUUUCCGUGUUGCACCUGAACAUAUCAAACUUGGAAGUCAUUAGAUCAGGAUUAGAUCUGUGAUUUUUUAUUGCUAGUAAACAAUUUCAUGUUGACAAUGUAUAAAUGUCAAUAUAUAUAGCAAGUGACGUAACCUAAAACAUUGGGAAAGUGUUAUUGAUUUCUUUAAUAGUUGUACCUGAAGUACAGAAUGUUUUACUUAUCCACGACAGAAUCAAAGCUUUUACCUGGGAAAUACUUGUGUGUAUACCUGUGACUGGUGUGGAAAACAAACCUGUAUACAAUAUUAAUUAACUGGUUGAAGAGUAAUAUAGGAUGCCUUAUAUGAGAUCCAACUUCUAUGAAAAUGUAUAUGGGAUUUAAUCGGCUGCAAUCUGUUGCAGGAAAUUUAAAAUAUUGAAGGUCAUCUGUCUUAGUUGAGGUGUAGUGUUACAUACUGGGGUGCUCUCUGAACUGUGAAAUUGGAGCUUUAAUCGACUGUUGGUGUAACGUCUACAUAUUUUUGAAAUACUACCUGUACUGGAGACCAGGUUGGAUUUAUUUGAACCUUUACCCUGUUUUAUUUGUGACUGACCAUCAUCAUCAGACAAUCAACUGACCACACUGUCCAGUUAGAGAGUUUUCACGUCUACAGACUGUGGUAUUAUACUGUACACUUUGGGUAGUACUGUAGUGUACACACGUGUGGUACUUGUGAAUUAUUAAUUAUCAUAUUUACCUGUGACAGAAACACACCAGUGUUCCAGUAACUGUUUGGUUUACUGCAUAUUUCACCUAAGACAUAACCUAUUUCAACACAGACAGGAGUCUAUACCUAUGGACUGUGGACAAAUUACUGACUACAGCUCUCACAUAAUUUUCUCACUCUACCUGGGGAUUUUAAAUUUGAAAAGGAUUGUAGCUCUCCUGUGAAGAAAGGUAGAUUUUAUAAUGAGGAGACAAACCCAUUUUUGCAUGACUUGUUGAACUUCAGAAUGUCCCAAAGAUGAGUCAACUAGAACUGAACAUACCUGGAUUAUCACCUGGCUAGAUUUGUUAAUUUUUAAUAAUUGUCAUUUUACCCCGUGAUUUAGAUCUACCAUUGUGUUUAUAACAGUGUACAGGUGUUUGGUUUGUACUUGUGAUUUUCAACAAGGAUUUAAAAUAGACGUUGUGACUGAUCCAGAGCUUUACCAGUGAAAGUAACAGGUACCAUCAGUGAAAACUAGUAUUGGAACAGGUAAAUGUGUGAUAACUGUGAAGUCUCCGGCCAUUUAUCACAACACUAAUGGUUAUGUGGUACUUACCUGAAUAUCUAGGUGUGUAAUCCAAUCAAUUAUAUAAACACACACCAUACACUGUGCAGUUAUCCUAUAUGUUGGUGUUCUAAAUGAGCUGUUGCAUGUUGGCAUAUUCCCAGUAACUGAUCAGCAUAUCAACAUUCUAGGCCUGUGACAAAUAUCAUGGUGAUAUAUUUAUUUUGUGACAAUUUUUGUGAUUCUGUGGAUAUGUGUGAUUGAAGGAAGUUUAUUUUGAGGACAAAUACCAUUGUAAGCAGUGAAUCAACAACCUUCCCAAUGUUCAAAUUUCUGCUUAUCAUCCUCCUUGUUCCCAUUGGAUUAUGUUCUGGCCAAGUUGGGGAGGAUGGGAACCAAUGUGCCUCAGUGCCAUGUAAGAAUGGAGGUACCUGUGAGGACGGCUUCCAGAACUAUACCUGUCAAUGUCCUCACCUGUUUAAUGGCACCAACUGUGAGGUCAACCUCAGUGUAUACGGUUGUGAUGUUAGCCCAUGUCUCAAUGGAGGAUCCUGUAACCCUGUGACACCCUCGGUAUCCACGAGUAACCGUAUCUAUGUGUGUAACUGUGCUCCAGGCUUUACAGAUGUGAAUUGUCAGGUGAACAUCAAUGAGUGUGACGUGGAUACCUGUCAACAUGGUGGUCAAUGUGUGGAUGGGAUCAACUCUUUUUCCUGCACCUGUACCUCGUUGUUUGAAGGUGAUCGCUGUGAGAAUGAUAUUAAUGAGUGUCAACGAUAUUCUGGAAUCUGUGGCCCUGGAACAUGUUUCAACUUUGAAGGCGGCUAUGAUUGUCAGUGUCCUGUGGGAUAUGAUAGCAAGAGGAAUUGUUCACAGUCUCUAGAUGACUGCCUCACUGGUCCGUGUAAGAAUGGCGGUAGCUGUGUGGACGGUAAUAACUCGUACACGUGUCAGUGUAUCCCAGGGUACACUGGCAGUGACUGUCAGACAGACAUUGACGACUGUAAGGAUGUUGUGUGUUCAGGCCAGAACACAGUCUGCCGUGACCUGGUCAACUCCCAUGAAUGUAUUUGUAAACCAGGAUACUUUGGUGAACCCUGUUUGGAUGUUGAUGAAUGUCUUAUGCAGCCCUGUAAGAACGGUGCUAACUGUACAAACCUGGAGAACGACUACAGUUGUACUUGUGUAUCUGGCUACACUAACAAGUCAUGUGAUGUCAAUAUUGACGACUGUGCACCAAAUCCGUGUCAGAAUGGAGCAAGCUGUGUGGAUGGGGUAAGCAGCUUCACUUGUACUUGUGUGCCUGGGUACACGGACCUCACCUGUAACACUGAUAUCGACGAGUGUCAGGCAAGUGGGCAGCCCUGCCAGAAUGGUGCCACCUGUAGGAAUGAGGUGAACAGGUACGAAUGUGAUUGUGUAGCAGGUUGGACUGGUACCCAUUGUGAGACGGACAUCAAUGAAUGCUCACCACAACCAUGUGAAAAUGGCGGCACCUGUCAUAACUUCCUCAACUUUUACAACUGUACCUGUGUUACAGGGUAUUCAGGUGUUAACUGCAGUGUAAACAUUGAUGACUGCUUGCCAGACCCCUGUCAGAACGGAGGAACAUGUAUUGACCAAGUGAACGGCUACAGGUGUGACUGUCCCCCCACCCAUAUGGGUAAGACGUGUAAUCUUGUAUAUGAUGCAUGUUCGUUUACGCCAUGCAAGAAUGGAGCCACAUGCCAUACCACGCCUCCGAGCCAACAAUACAACUGUGCAUGUGUCCUAGGAUAUACUGGCAAUGACUGUGAGACAGACAUCAACGAAUGCGCUUCCAAUACUUGUCAAAGUCCCCAAGUCUGCUUCGAUCUAAUUAACAACUACACCUGCGCAUGUCCCAGCGGCUACACAGGUGAAAACUGUUCAGUAGACAUCAAUGAAUGUGAUCCUGACCCCUGUCAGAACGGGGCGACCUGUGAGGACAAGAUUGGCUAUUAUGUCUGUCAGUGUCCCCGUAUCUUUCUCAACCUCACAAGAUUCGGGAACGGUCAGAAACUGGAGUUUGAGACUGGGUACAAUGGUACAAACUGUGAGUACAGUAUAAACGAGUGUGACUACAACCCUGGUGUGUGUCUAAGUGACGGCAUCUGUGAGGAGGAGGACGGCCUACCUGGAUACCUGUGUAAAUGUGGCCGUGAUGAGGACGGGGUUUACAGGACAGGUCAAAACUGUGACUUGAGGACAUCCUACUGUGAAACAGCAGACGAGGUAAAAACAGAUCCUCCUGCAUGUAAAUAUGGCGGCACUUGUUUACCAGGGGCUACGUCCUUCACCUGUAACUGUGUUGCAGGCUACACAGAUCGGCGAUGUAAGACUGAUAUUGAUGAGUGUGAGUCCAGUCCAUGUCAGUACGGCGGAACCUGUAACAACAUGGUGGCCAGCUAUAAUUGUACAUGUAUCCCAGGUAUCACUGGAGUGAACUGUGAGAUAGAUAUUGACGAGUGUGAGUCGUCGCCGUGUCUACAUGGAGGUCGUUGUAACCAUUCCAUCAACAUGUAUGAAUGUGACUGCUUUGACACUGGAUUUAAUGGCACAAACUGUCAACUCAACAUUGACGACUGCGCAUCCAACCCCUGUAUGCAUGGCUCAACUUGUGAAGAUGGUAUCAAGGAUUACAACUGUUCCUGCUAUGCUGGCUACACUGGUAAAAACUGUGAAAUUGACAUCAAUGAGUGUCUCAACAGUCCAUGUUAUUACAACAGCACCUGUCUACAAAGAUCUAACGAGACAUUAUAUGACCCGGCAUAUGACCUCCCAGGGUAUUCCAAUUUCUCCUACGCCUCAGCUGCCGGCUACACCUGUGUCUGUAUCCCUGGAAUCACAGGCGAGAAUUGUUCUGUGAACAUUGAUGACUGUGUAACAGACAACUGUACAAAUGGUGCUACGUGUGUAGAUGGUAUAAAUGAGUACAGCUGUCGAUGUGCACCUGGUUACAAGGAUGUUUACUGUCAGACGGAGAUAGAUGAAUGUUUGGAGUACCGCCCCUGUCAGAAUGGUGCCACCUGUACUGACCUCAUUGCUAACUAUGACUGUACAUGUGCAGAACUUUAUUUAGGAAAUAAGUAUGGUGGAAAAAACUGUACAUUUGAAUUGACAGCAUGUGAUUCUCAUCAAUGUCUGAAUGGUGCUACCUGUGACCCAUUCCUGGUUAACGAGGCUACAGGACAACAGAACUACAGGUGUGAAUGUCCCAGUGGCUUCACUGGGCAGUUCUGUCAAAGAAUCACCAGCGGAACUUUUGAAAAUUCCCGAUUUAAGGCUGUGUUGAUAUCCAAUACCACCAACAACAUAUCCUUUCAGUUUAUCACCACACUUCCGAAUGGCAUGCUGUUUGUCUGGGAUGGGACCUAUCCCUCCACCAGGACAUUUGUCACAAUUGAGUUGGUCGAUGGGAGGCUCAAUAUGAGUUACAUUCAUGGAAAUGCUAUUUCAUCAGUUAGCAUGAGUACUGUAGGAUUUCCAUUCUUAUUGAAUAAUGCUGUCUGGCAUUCUGUAAUCCUGCAACAACGUGCUAACAGGCUAACACUGAAACUGGUUAGCGAUGUGUGUCCAUCUGAAUCUGAGUGUACCAAGGAAGUCGGCCAUUCACCAAACAUAGCAAUAGAUGACAUUUAUUUCGGAAGGGGCAAGACUCCUUUUAUAAAUGAUAGGACACUUUCUAAGACUUACUUUAUAGGAUGUCUCCAGGACGUGACAAUCAAUGGGGCUAUUCAGAUAGUUUCGGAGGGGGAGUCCAUUUCUGUUACUAAGGGCUGUGCUCGAGUUGACCAGUGUCGGCCUGAUCCCUGUAAUGGUAAUGGUGCCUGUACUGACCUCUGGACUAGCAAGAGGUGCGACUGUUACCGACCACACCUGGGAGGCACCUGUAAUCAAGAAUAUGUUGCAGCAACCUUUUCAUUUGAAAAUACAGUGUCAAGAGCAAGUUUCAGCAUUCCUGAUAAUCUGAAGUCAACUUUGACCUCUGACAUUGACCUUUCACUCUUUAUGAGGACAAGGGAGGCCGAUGGCUUUGUGGUAUUUUUUGGUUUCUAUGGCAGUACUUCUUCGAGCCGGACAUUCCUAACCCUUGAGAUGUAUGGUGGAGCCCUGGUCAGCAGAUUUGUGUUGUGUAACUUCCAGAAAGUUUUAUUUGCUAACAAUACAUUAUACAACAGUGGGUUUCAGCACUUUGUUAGUAUGAAAUUCAUUAACGGAGAGUACACUAUUUCUGUAAAUAAUACCGCUUUAGACAGUGUGGUUAUCACUUCUCAAAAUUGUCCAUUUAAUGCAGAUAAAGUUUAUUUUGGAGGAGAGAUUCCAGCUCUGAGUUCGAGUGUUAUUACAGGGACAGCACGAGUUAAGAGGUCAUUAGAUCCUGUCGUUAACGAGAUAAUCAAUGAUAUCAAUAAUUUUAUCAAUGUGACAAACUAUAAAGGAACCCUACAGGAUGCUCAGUUAAAUGAGAACAGUCUUCAGUUUAUUCCUCCGGCUGACCCAUCCAUCGUGAAGAUUCAUCCCAUCAAUGUCGAUGAUAAUUCAACAUUGACUAAAGGGGAGAGAUCAGACAACAUCUGUAACCUCACCAUGCCAUGUCUCCACAAUUCUUCUUGUACAAAUGUAUUCUUCAAUGAUUUCAGUUGUAAGUGUCAGAGAGGUUUCCGAGGGAAGGACUGUGGCGAGUUGGAUUUUUGCCAUCAAGACUCCUGUCCAGUGGGGGCCACUUGUCAGAGCCUAACAGAUGGGUUUGAAUGUCUUAGUUCAACACUCUUCAACCCAACAACAAGCUCUAUCACAUACAAAGCCGUUGUACAGCCAGAUAAAGACAUUGAUCGACUCUCACUCAAAAUUAAAACAUUAGUAAGAAAUGGUGCUUUGUUAAACAUUGGAUAUGAUAACUAUUAUGUGAAACUUAGCAUUGUGGGAGGAAAAGUGGCAGUGGCGUGUAAAUUUGGAGAUACAGGCGAGGAUAAGUUGGUGGUGGAUCAUUAUGUGAGUGAUAAGCAGUGGUACCUUGUGACCUUUCAGGACAUGUUAGACAAUGUCACCUUGACAGUCCAGUCAGACACAGGGGAGGUAACUCAUGCCAGUGCAUCCCUCAUUCCUCAACAUAAGUUGCACUCCUUCUCCUACCUGGUUACAAGCUCGGAUGCUCAACAUGUUAAAUUUGGCCAAGCUUUUGGCUCCCGAAUUCCCCAGUUCUACUAUGGCUGUGUGAAGGAAGUACGGCUAGGAGGCAUCCUUUUGCCAUUCUUUGAACAAUCUUCUUUCACAAAUUUCACAACUCAAGAAUAUUUCGAAGUGGUGAGUAUGACAUCUAUUCCUAUUGGUUGUGUGGAAGGAGACCGAUGUUCCUAUCAACGAUGUCAGAAUGGUGCCCAAUGUUUAGCUGGUUACCACGACUACCAGUGCACCUGUCCUAGUGGCUACGAGGGUCGAUGGUGCGAGACUAAUGUUCCAGACUGUAAUCCUCAAAGCUGUGACUCUAGCCAUGGGGUGUGUGUGGAUCUGGUGAACAACUUCUUCUGUGACUGUCGUGCUGGCUACACAGGAACAAGGUGUGAUGUGGCCAUCAACUACUGUCAGAAUGAUCCCUGUCAGAAUAACGGCUCAUGUGGAAAUGGUACCGGCGAUUACCAGUGUACCUGUACCGAUGACUUCACAGACAAGGACUGCAGUACACAGAAAUACCAAGACUGUAAUGGAUCCAGUCCAUGUAAAAACAAUGGCAGCUGUGUCUCUAUCAACCUUACCGACACCUCGGGGCAAACUCGAGCUGGCUUCAACUGCUCCUGUGUGACUGGAUAUGAAGGGGACUUAUGUGAAACAGAAAUUGACUACUGUGCUUCCCCAGUCUGUCAGAAUAACGGUACCUGUACCUCUAACACAGUAGCUGGGAAACACACCUGUACCUGUCUACCAGGAUACACAGGGGACAACUGUGAGACGGAUGUACAGGACUGUGUGGGGCAGUGUCGUAAUGGAGCGACAUGUAUUGACCUCGUCAACGACUACGCCUGUAACUGUACUGAUGCCUGGACAGGUGUACACUGUGAUAUAGACGUAAAUGAGUGUACCCUGACACAGCCAUGCCAGAACAACGCCAGCUGUACAAACGCCGACGGCAGCUUUAUGUGUCAUUGCUAUGGAACUGGUUACCAAGGAACGUACUGUUCGGAGGAUGUAGAUGAGUGUCAGGCGGGUUUGGAUCCUUGUCAACACAACUCUAACUGUACCAAUACAGUGGGUGACUACAGUUGUAAUUGUUCCUAUGGAUACACAGACAAAAACUGCAGCAGGCCAGACUGUGGUCUGGUCACAUGUCAAAACGGUGGCACUUGUGUAACAACAGAUGUUUGGAAAUGUAACUGUAAUAGAUACUAUUAUGGAGACCGGUGUGAGACCAGAGGACCUUGUCUGGAUAACCUCUGUAACAAGGAUAACAUCAUUGAAUGUCACCAAAAUGUCACCGUCUCGCCUUCUAAUUAUACCUGUGAAUGUAAACCAGGCUGGGAAGGCACCUAUUGUAGCACUGACAUAAACGAGUGUGAUUUAAGUCCAUGUCAGAACGGAGCCACAUGUUACAACUCGGAUGGGACGUACAACUGUACAUGUCAGGACGGGUACAAUGGCAGUAACUGUGAAAUCAAUAUAGAUGAGUGUGCGUCAAACCCAUGUCAAAAUGGAGGUACCUGUUCUGACCUUGUCAACAGUUUCCAGUGUUCAUGUACUGAAGGCUAUACAAACGUGACCUGUAUGGAGGACGUGAACGAAUGCGUGAGCAGUCCAUGUAUCAAUGGCGGUAAAUGUACCAACUUACCCGGGACGUUCCAGUGUGAAUGUACCAGUGAAUACAUGGGCAAACUCUGUGCACAGCGGAACCCAGAGUACCAGAAAAUCAGCCAGGAUAACAAUCUAGCCAUUAUCAUAGGCCCCACAGUGGCCGCGGUUCUACUUCUCAUUGUUGUUGGUGUCAUCAUAUUUUUAGUAUUGGCACGGAGUAAACGUGCUACUAGAGGUCACUACAGUCCAAGUCGCCAAGAGGUCACGGGGUCAAGAGUAGAACUUGGAAAUGUUAUGAAGCCACCGCCAGAGGAACGCCUUAUAUGAAACAUUCCCUAGAUAUUUAUUGAUGGACAUUAACUAUAGUAACGCCUCACUGAGGGUGGAACACAGAGUGAUAGGAUACUCCAGCUGACACCCUACAGAUUUGGUGUAGUCAGCCCUUGUCACUUCUGACAACAUGUGUUUCUGUGGUGCUAUGUAGGUGAUGCAGGUAUUGAUUGACAUAAUGCAAACCUAUGGAAAUAGAUAUCUCCAAACAAUAAAAGGUUCAAGAUAUUUAAACAAUGGAGGGUCAAGAUAUCUCCAAACAAUGGUGGGUCAAGAUAUCUCCAAACAAUGGAGGGUCAAGAUAUCUCCAAACAAUGGAGGGUCAAGAUAUCUCCAAACAAUGGAGGGUCAAGAUAUCUCCAAACAAUGGAGGGUCAAGAUAUCUCCAAACAAUGGAGGGUCAAGAUAUCUCCAAACAAUGGAGUGUCAAGAUAUCUCCAAACAAUGGAGAUGAAAAUACCUUGUAACAAUGGAGUGUCUUCAAAAGAUCAAUGCUGAUAUGUCACAACAAUGGAAAGUGAUCUGUGACCUACUGGAGACAAUCAAGCAACAUCUCAGAAAUAUAGUGUGGAUGUAUCCCGUUAAAUUGGGAUGGAAAUCAACUUUUAAUUAAGUGAUAAAAGUCUCCAUACAAAUCCAUGGAGAUGUCCAAGGAUUCGGAAGGUGAAAGUCUCCAUAGAAAUCCAUGGAGAUGUCCAAGGAUUCGGAAUGUGAAAGUCUCCAUAGAAAUCCAUGGAGACGUCCAAGGAUUCGGAAUGUGAAAGUCUCCAUAGAAAUCCAUGGAGAUGUCCAAGGAUUUGGAAUGUGAAAGUUUCCAUACAAAUCCAUGGAGAUGUCCAAGGAUUCGGAAUGUGAAAGUUUCCAUACAAAUCCAUGGAGAUGUCCAAGGAUUCGGAAGGUGAAAGUCUCCAUACAAAUCCAUGGAGAUGUCCAAGGAUUCGGAAGGUGAAAGUCUCCAUACAAAUCCAUGGAGAUGUCCAAGGAUUCGGAAUGUGAAAGUUUCCAUAAAAAUCCAUGGAGACGUCCAAGGAUUCGGAAUGUGAAAGUCUCCAUAGAAAUCCAUGGAGAUGUCCAAGGAUUCGGAAUGUGAAAGUUUCCAUACAAAUCCAUGGAGAUGUCCAAGGAUUCGGAAGGUGAAUAUCCACUGGAUGUUGUUCACUUCCUGAUAAUAUCUAAUAUGUAUUUAUGACAAAAUUUCACAAUAUUAGUUACCACAAUGGUUUAUUCUGAAUGAGCAAACAUUACACAAAUCAAGUGAAUAUUUGUGGCAGCUUUCUCUGAUAUGACCUACCUUUUGAUGAAGGUUGUGCCUAAUUUUGCCAAAUUUAACUGCAGUAUAUGGCAGUGUUAGUCUACGCAGUGGUUGUCAAGCUAUGGAGCUAAGAGACCUGGUGUAGAGUAAAGGAGUACAUGUACAGGAGCUAAGAGACCUGGUGUAGAGUACAGGAGAGUGUUUCGGAGACAGCAGUCUGUGACAAUAAAUGUACUGUCUAUGCAGUAGUUGAUGAUGUGAAGUGAAUUUAUUAUCAUAUUCAGUCAUGUAGGUAACAAGUUUCAUCCUGCUGAACCAACUUUCCUACCCAAAUACAUUGUUUUGGUUUGAGGAUCUCAGGAAAUCAAAUCUACAAUUUGUACACAAGAUAGACUACAACAAUUAUAGUUGUGUUCAGUUUCUCUUCUAGUAAAUUUUUUCUGCAUCUGUUUUUGUUAGCCAGUAAUUUAGAUUCAAACUUUGCUUCCAUUGACUUAAAAAAUAGUUUUUAUUUGGGGUUUAUAGAGAAGACUGGAACACACAUUAAAACGACAAGACAAGGGGUAGGUUAGAGAGAGGACUAGAACACAUUGAACACGAGACAGGGGUAGGUUAGAGAGAGGACUGAAACACAUUGAACACGAGACAGGGAUAGGUUAGAGAGAGGACUGGAACACAUUGAACACGAGACAGGGGUAAGUUAGAGAGAGGACUAGAACACAUUGAACACGAGACAGGGGUAAGUUAGAGAGAGGACUGGAACACAUUGAACACGAGACGGGGAUAGGUUAGAGAGAGGACUGGAACACAUUGAACACGAGACAGGGGUAAGUUAGAGAGAGGACUGAAACAUUGAACACGAGACAGGGGUAAGUUAGAGAGAAGACUGGAACACAUUGAACACAAGACAGGGGUAGGUUAGAGAGAGGACUGAAACAUUGAACACAAGACAGGGGUAGGUUAGAGAGAGGACUGAAACACAUUGAACACGAGACGGGGAUAGGUUAGAGAGAGGACUGGAACACAUUGAACACGAGACGGGGAUAGGUUAGAGAGAGGACUGAAACAUUGAACACGAGACAGGGGUAGGUUAGAGAGAAGACUGGAACACAUUGAACACGAGACAGGGGUAGGUUAGAGAGAGGACUGGAACACAUUGAACACGAGACAGGGGUAGGUUAGAGAGAGGACUGGAACACAUUGAACACGAGACAGGGGUAGGUUAGAGAGAGGACUGAAACAUUGAACACAAGACAGGGGUAGGUUAGAGAGAAGACUGGAACACAUUGAACUCGAGACAGGGGUAGGUUAGAGAGAGGACUGGAACACAUUGAACACGAGACAGGGGUAGGUUAGAGAGAGGACUGGAACACAUUGAACUCGAGACAGGGGUAGGUUAGAGAGAGGACUGGAACACAUUGAACACAAGACAGGGAUAGGUUAGAGAGAGGACUGGAACACAUUGAACUCGAGACAGGGGUAGGUUAGAGAGAGGACUGGAACACAUUGAACACAAGACAGGGAUAGGUUAGAGAGGACUGGAACACAUUGAACACGAGACAGGAGUUAGAGAGAGGACUGGAACACAUUGAACACGAGACAGGGAUAGGUUAGAGAGGACUGGAACAUAUUGAACACAAGACGGGGGUAGGUUAGAGAGAGGACUGGAACACAUUGAACACGAGACAGGGGUAGGUUAGAGAGAAGACUGGAACACAUUGAACACAAGACAGGGGUAGGUUAGAGAGAGGACUAGAACACAUUGAACACGAGACAGGGGUAGGUUAGAGAGAGGACUAGAACACAUUGAACACGAGACAGGGGUAGGUUAGAGAAAGGACUAGAACACAUUGAACACGAGACAGGGGUAGGUUAGAGAGAAGACUGGAACACAUUGAACACGAGACAGGGGUAGGUUAGAGAGAGGACUAGAACACAUUGAACACGAGACAGGGGUAGGUUAGAGAGAGGACUGGAACACAUUGAACACGAGACAGGGGUAGGUUAGAGAGAGGACUAGAACACAUUGAACACGAGACAGGGGUAGGUUAGAGAGAGGACUGGAACACAUUGAACACGAGACAGGGGUAGGUUAGAGAGAGGACUAGAACAAAACACCACAUGGCGAUUCAUUGUGUAUUAUGAUGCAAUCUCUCCAUUCUAAUUGAUGAAUUUAAUUUGAUUAGAUUUACUGAAACUGCCUUUGUGAUUGAAUGAUACCACGUAAUGGAACAUUAUCGUGUUUAAGUGCUGUUUUUGAGAAGGCCUGCCCUGUGGUAGUGAUACUACUGUUACGGUGUCUAUAUAAAUGUCUGUUGACCUAUGCCAUCCAUUUGACCAGCGUUUUGCCAAUUUGUCAGAUCUUAUUAUAUAAGAGAUAUAUUCUGACUGGCACUGUUAAUGACCAAUCUACUUGUGUAACGGUGCAACGAUUUGUGACUUUAAAAUGAUGCACAAAGUUUAAAGUUAUUCUCAGGUUCUUGUCUGUAAAACAGAAAUAUGUGUGGAGUUCUGUUUGAAUUAAAAAGCCAUAGAAGGAUUUUUGAAUUACUUAAAAAUCACUUUUAUGUAGGAUCAGGAAUGUUAGCAUUGUUUUAUCUUGAAUGUGUGUUAACAACACAAAUAUUUCUGUUAUACAGUGAUGCAUCCUCAUUAAAUAUUCCAUCGUCCUCAUCAUUAUAACUGUCAGAACAAAGAUAUGAGUCCUAUAUCCUGUAUAUUCAUCAUCUCGAUCAUGACAUCAUUGGAUGGUUUACGUGUUGAGGAGAUAAACUACCAUAAUGUAACAGGUUAGAAUCUCUGUGGAGAAGACUUACUAUUGUGAGAUAACUUUAAUGCCUGGUGAAUUUCACAUUACUAUAAUAAGUUGUACACACUGAACGUUAAACAACUCAUAGGGGAGAUAACUCCAAUACAAAUAAAACUUUGUGUAAGGCCGCAGUAGACAUGUAUACAACUAAUCAGUUUUAUAUAAUCACAAAACGCGUAACACGAUGCAUAAUGGAUCAUAAAUUAACAUUACCUUUACUAUUAGUCAUACAGAACAAUCAAUGAUUUCGUAAAUAAAUUACAGGAAAAAAAUAUAAAAAUCACAUUUCUCCUUUAUUAGUUGAACAAGUGUUUGAAUUAUGACUGUCAUUGUAGUCCUCAAUAUUAUAUACGGGGGAAUACGCCCUUCAUUAUGCUGUAUAGUUACAUGUUUUUAUGAAAUACAUUGUGAACAGAAUUGUUAGAAUCAAGGCUUAUACUCUUGAUAGCAUGACUGUAAAUAUUUCACCGAUUAUAGAUUUUUGUACAUAUCGACCAAUGAACAUAUCUGAGCAAUUUUAUCAUGUAAACAAGAAUAUCUGUGAUAUAUGAUUUCAGAUUGAUAUUUUAAUCUCCGGAACUGUUUUAUCCUCCGCAUAGGUAGUUAGAAAAUGUGACAUAAAUGAUGUUAAUUCUUGGUAUGAAUAGCAGAGAAUCUUUACCAGGGAAUGGGGCGAGAAUAUUGAUUCCGUAUGAUAGAUAAUAGCUUACCUCCCUUCCUCCUUGUUCCGUGUAACAACUGUUCUAUAUCUAAACACACCUGCUGAGUAGAAUCAAUUGAUUUCCGUAAUACUUUUAUUAUUAUUAUUCACUUGUGAAGUUUCUCUUGGUGCACAUUUUUUGAUGACAAAAAUUUGAACGGUUUAGAUGGGAUUAUACGUAUAUACCAAUAUCACCAUAAAACUCUCUCAUUGUCAAAAAUAGAACUUAUUAAUUUGAAAUUAAAAUCAGGUGAUGAUAUUUACAACUUCAAUAAUGGUUAAGAAAUGAAAUUGUUGAAUGUAGAGCAUAUUUAUUAUAUAAUUAUAAAUCAUUGCAUGAUUUGGAGAAUUUAAUUUACAUACUUCUUUGAAGUAAUUAUAUUUUGUGAAUGAUUUUACAUGUGUAAUCUUUCCAGAUUUGUUGUUUAGAAAUCUUUGAAUGUAUAGACAGCUGGGUGUUAAUUAUGACAGUGUACAGUUUAUGUACAUCCAGUAAAUGUUAAUUACUGGGUAUUAUGUCCCCCAGUGUAAGUUAACUAUGUAUGUACUACAUGUAGCAGUGUGACAUUUGGCCAGUGUUAUUUGUUAAUGUCAGGUUGACAAGCUUGCCUUAGGACUGUGUAUAUCAGUGAUGGUGCUAUAGCAAGCACUUUAAGUCAUUCCUAGGUUGUGAUCUCGCUUCUUGUCCUAAUUAUCACAGGUCAGUCCUAAUUAUCACAGGUCGGUCCUAAUUAUCAUAGGUCGGUCCUAAUUAUCAUAGGCCGAUCAGUCCUAAUGAUCACAGGUCCGAGUUCUGAUUGUACAUUCCAUUGUAUACAAAGUCAUUCCAUCCUUUACCAGAAAAUAGAAUUGUUUAACAGGGAUUCAACUUCCACAAAUAUCUUACCUGGAUCUAACUCACCAGAAUUAUAUACCUGGAUUUAAAACAAAAACAUAUAUACAUGUUUCAAUAAUAUAUACAUGUUACCAAGAUGCUAAACAAAGCUAACCAAGUAAAUUCAGAAAAGAUGUUCAUAAACUAGAUAUUUUAUGUUUGUUUUUCCUGAUAUUAGAUGUUAAUGUUUGACAAUGGUUGUUGUAAAGAGCAUGUUGUAAUUGACCCUAAAUUUUAGAUUUGAUUUAAAAAUAGUUGUAAUUUAAUCCCAUCAAAAUUUGAUUAUUGUAGGUAUAAUUAGAUAUUACAGAUAAAAUAUGCUUUUUUGGUUCCACACAUGGAUGACUAUCAGUAUCCCUGUAAUGACAUUUAAGAUACGUCAGGGAGGGGGAGGGAGGGGCUAAGAUAGACCAAAUGGAAACAGGGAGGAGUGGAUGGAAAGUUUAUAAGUGUUAAUUAGAUGGUAGUAAUAUGUGGGGUCAAAAAGGCAUUUAUGUAUAUAAUUCAUAUCCAACUUAUUGAGUAAUAUAUAAUCCAUAUGCCCCUUGCCAAAGUAUACUUGUAAAAAGCUUGUAUCAUUGAACAUCCCCAGAUGGAACACCAGGAUUUCAUAUUGAUCAUUGUAAAACCUCAUCACAUAACCGCAGACUGCUGGUGGUGGAAACGCCUGUUUCCUGAACUGGUGACGCUCAUUUGUUUCACUGGACAAUUUGAUUAGCUGUAUUUGUAUCUAUGCAAUACAAGUCACUGUGUGUGUAAGAGGCUGACUGUCAGAGCCCCUACAGAGGCCUAUAGAGGAUGUCAAUCAAAAGGAGGUAAAUCCAAAGACGGUUUCAGUAUUAAGAUACAUUAUUUUUAGAAAACAAAGUUUAUACUCUUACUAGGUGCCAGAUGACACGGGAAUACAUUUAAAUUACCAUACAAUGUGUAAUCAAAUUUCAUGUGUUAUAUUACAGCUUGCUAGCUGUAAAUAUCAAAUACAAACUUUGUAUUUAAUGCUCAUAUAGAUAUAGACAUUUUUCUGAAGUGAAUUAAAACAUAUACCCAUCCCCUCAUAUACCAAUCACCAGCAGUUGAUGAAUCCAGGAUGUUAACAUAUUUAUAUUAGAUAGAAUAUAACCUAUGUAAUUCGAUAUGAAUGUCAUAUUCCAAAUCUCUAUUUUAGCCACAUUACCAUAAUUUUGAUAUUAUAUAUAGAUACAUUGAUGUAUUGUGCAAUAUGAGUUAGCUACCACAUGGUCAAAUCUUUGAGGGCGUACCACAUGGUCAUGUCUUUGAGGGCGUACCACAUGGUCAUGUCUUUGAGGGCGUACCACAUGGUCAUGUCUUUGAGGGCGUACCACAUGGUCAUGUCUUUGAGGGCGUACCACAUGGUCAUGUCUCCUUGAGGGCGUACCACAUGGUCAUGUCUUUGAGGGCGUACCACAUGGUCAUGUCUUUGAGGGCGUACCACAUGGUCAUGUCUUUGAGGGCGUACCAGAUAAGAUUCUCUGUUUUUUUUAAUGGCUACGCAUAAGUUUUUGUAAUGAUCAUGCCGGAGAGUAGUGUCAUAUUGUGCUGAGAAGGAGGGAAAUAAAACAUCCAUGAUAACUCA